GCCAGUGAUGCGCAUGCGCCUCGGACUCCCGCCCAGACCGCCAGAUCUAGGGCAUCGGGGUCACGCGGCAGUCACGUGGCAGUCACGGGUGACCACUAUCGGAGCCCAACGCUCUGUCUUUAUCAUGCCGGGAGGUCCCAUCCUUCGUUGCCUUCUGACUUCAUGAGCGCCCCUAGCAGAUCCCUGCCCAGGAGCUGACCCAGUUCAGAGCCAAGGAUGCCCUUGUUGCGCUCUCGCUUCCCCGUGAAACUGGGCUCCGUUCAGGAUCCAGAAGGCCAGGUGGGCCAUCUGCAUCGCCUGGCUGUGGCUGGGGGCCCAGGCUGGGGCCUCAGCCGGCUCCUGAGGAGAGUUGUCCAGGUGGAUGGUGAGAACUCUGCUGGGCAGACGGGGCUCUUCCUCUCGGCGCUGCUGGGCCACAGCUCUGCCGUGCAGCUCCUGCUGGCUUUUGGCGCAAACCCCAACCACCGCUGCCUUGAUGGCAGCACACCUGUGCAUGCAGGUGCCUUCUCGGGCCGCAGCCUGGUGGUGCUGCAGCUGCUGCGAGCAGGGGGGGACCUGCGUCUGCAUGACCAGCAGGGUCGCACGCCUCGGGACUGGGCGGAGCAGGGUGGUGCUGAGCAGAGCCAGGAGGUGCUGGAGCUGUUACAGCUCUGCUGUGCCAACAUAUCAGCACUAGUGCAUGGUGCUGACUUGGCACCCACGGCAUCCCUGGGCCAGUUGCAGGCCAGCUCUGGACGCAGCCUGUGUUGCUCCCUGUCUCGGCUGUGGCUGGUGCAAGCGGACAGGGCACCAAGGCCGGAGCAGAUCAGGGGACCCCGCCAAAUCCCAGGCUUGGGAUUUGGACAACUGAGCAGCCUGUGGCCAGUGGGGCUGGUAACAAGCAUACCCCUCGCGGACCCCAAGGAGCUGCUGCCAGCCCAGGGCGAGCCUGAGCGCACCUACAAGAGCAGCUCCCACACCCUCAUGAUCAACCUCUUGUGGAGGGGCCACCCUGUGACCGUGCGGCAGCUGAUGGCACCUGGGAGCCAGCCUGACGUGCUGUUGGCUGACCUUCAGCACUGCAGACCAGGGACAGUGGCAGUGGCCACGGUUACAGUCUUCACCUGCGGGCCAGCACCCAGCAUAGAGCCCUCCUACUGGAGUGGCCAUCCCCCCACUGGCAAGCCCGCUGGCGUGCUCAUGGCGGCCUCAGCUCCCAUGCUGUGCAGCUGGUGCGGCCAGGCCUGGCCAAGGUGGGCAGCCUGGAGCACGGGCGCCCACUGCACCAAUGCUGGCUACAGCCCAGGCCACAGCAGGGCUGCCUCUGGGGAGGCCCAGGCCCAGGGCUGCCCCCACCUCCCGAGCUGUACCCAUGGCUGCCACUUGAGCUCAUCUGCGGUGACACACCUGCUGCGACCUCAGACCUCUAUAGCUUCUGCAUCCUGGCCCAGGAGGUCUUCACUGGACUCGGCUCCUGAGGUGAGCUCCCCAAUGGGCCGGACCACACUGUGCCCUGUACCCCAGUGUUCCCCACCAGAGACACUCUACUCUGAGGUGGCUUCCAGAGCCAAGACUACACCCAGGCCUGUGCCCCCUGUGAUGUCCCUAGGCCCGUCUCCAUCUCAGGCGCUGGAGACUCCUGAGGUCACGGGCCACAGCAGAGUCCAGAGGGGCCCAGCAUGGGACUCGGGCAGCAGCUUGACUCUAGGCAGCAGCCCCAGUCCUAGCCAUGGCCUCUGCCCAGGCCACAGCCCCACAGCCAGGGUCAGCCUGCGCCAUGGCCUGGAGCCCAGCUCAACAGGCCCUGCCCUGCACUCCAGCCUCCAGGACCCACCCUCCCUGCUGGGGACCAGGGCUCUGUGGAACAGUUUCAGAGAAGUUCUGUCAAGAUCCGAGCCCUGCAGGGGCUGUGGCGGCACGCACACAGGGCUGCCCCGCCGGACGCCCAGUUCUGCACCCAGCCCUGGGCUGAUCAGAGAAGGUCUCUUCUCCAGCCUGCAGAAGAUGGAUCUGCUGGAGGAGAUCAUAGCAGAGCUGGACAGUGGAGGCCAGCUUGGAGGCAGGCCCAGCCGCGACCCCCCUCCUGGCACACAUUCUUAGGGCACCCCUGGCCCCCUCCCUCUCUGCACAUAUCGCCCCUCAGAGCCUCCCAGGAGUGACUCCCCACUCAGCACCUGCCGAAAUGAUAAAAGGAAAGAAAAUGAUA